AUGUACUUCACCAAGACUCUCAUCCUGCUCGCGUCGGCCCUGGCCCCCGUCGCAUUUGCCGCUGAGGCUGCCUCACCCGCUGCCGUGACCCAGACUCUGACUCUGGUGCCGUCGGGCUACACGCCCCCGACAACCACCCCGACGCCGACUUCGACUCCGAGCUCGACCCCCAUGCGCACCAGCACUCCUCUGUCGUCGAGCGCCUCGUUCACCCGCACUCCCAUCUCAUCCACUCCUCUGGUCAAGGCCACCACCGUGGCCGCCGUCAAGCCCAACACUCAGACUACCGGUGCUGCUCCCGCCGCGAGCUCGAACCCGUCCAGCGGCGCCGCGUCGCUCCAGCUUCCUGGCGCCAUGGCCGCUGGUGCUCUGGCUGUUGCCGGUCUCCUGGUGGUUUAA